CAAUGGUGUAAUGACCUAUACAUGUUCUAACACUGCCACCAGCCACCACAAGGAUCAAGUCAGGAGAAAGACUCCGAAGUUAAUUCCCUUCCUGGAAUAGCUUAAGUGGGUUGAGCUGAGUGUGGUCUGACAGAGUGCCAUUACACCAUGUAAGCCGCCCGGCGCACUUUACAUGUAAACACGCGCUCGUUCUUUAGUGGCCUUCCCUUGCCGCUCGUAAGAGUUUGGCGGGUUUGUUUUCUCCGGGUGAUCAUGCCCCUCAAGUACCUUCGGAAGCGCGGACUUGUCUUGAAGAAGUGGACCUUCAGGCACUUUGGACGUCUUAAGAGAAAGAAGCGUUCGUCCAGCCCCUCCAGUAACGAGUCUUCUCCCAGCCAGCGGAGGAAACAGGAGGAUGACCAGGGCACCGUGGCCGCUGACGAUGAGUUUGACUUCCCCAAUAUCGAGGCUCACAAGCUGGACACCAGCGUCGCUCGAGGCAAGGCUGAACUGAGCAAGAGAAGAUCGACAAAGCCUCGCCGCAAACCCACCCGUCAGCGCAGUACGAGUGGCAAUGAGGACAGUAACGACUUUGGCUUCUCCAUUGCACCAGAGACAAAAGCAGACAACAGACAACCAGCCAUUGCUAAUGAGCUGAACGGCAGUGUGGACAGUCUGGACAGAGAGGAUGUCUUCAACCAGAACACGGUCGGCGCCGCCGUGUCGCCCAACCGCCAGCCGUACGCAGCGUCGGCCUCGGCCGAGAGACUGCCCUCCCCCGACUGGGUAACCGUGUCCUUCACACAGGGACAGGAACCACAGAUGUCACCCACCAAGCCUGCCGGUGUGUCUCUCACAGAGCCCUCUCCUAAGGCGUCACCCAAUCGGAGCCCUCGUAGCUCCCCUAUUCCUGCUAAAGGGGUCUCUACAGAAGACCAAGCCCAGUCCUCUCCUGCCUGGACCAAAAUUAACCACAGUUCCAGUCAGGAGUCUAAAGGUUCAUUGGUUAAACGACAACAGUCAAUGCCAGAGCCUGCGGAUGAUCCGGUGUCCCCAGAGUGGACCACCAUUACCCACAGACACAGUGUCCAGGAGAGACAAACCAUCAGCAGCAGAGUCAGGGGCUUUGCCCUGCCAGGUCUGGCAUCAGGUGGCUCCAGCCGCAGCAGCUCCAACAAGCCGUCCCCCGCCAGCCCCGAGCACUUCCUCCAGUCUCCCACCGCCGGCUCCCCGCAGGCCAGACCUGCAGCCUCACCCACCAAGACAGGCGUCCUCAUACCUGGUCUGGAGGAGCUGGAGUCAAGCCCUGUCAAGCUGAAGCAUACCCCGACUAAAGAGAAGCUCCCCUCACCACCUGAAGAGGCUACUGUACCCUCCUGGGCCAAGGACACACAGCUCAAAAAGGUGAGAACACCUGAGGAGAUGCCCCCACCUGAAGAACCAGAAGAACGGGAGGGGCCGUGGACAAAACAAGCCCAGCUGAAAAAAGUGGAGAGCCCUCCCUCCAAGGAAGACGAUGAAGAAAUGGCCAAGGAAAAUGAACCACCAGAGCAAGACUGGCGUGCUCGUCUCAAGAAGUCCUUCAAGUCUGGUAAAGACACCAAGAAGGAGAAGACACAGGAGAAAGCCGCUCCGGACUGGGCAAAGAAGGCGGAAGAAAAAACCAAGAGGAUGCAAACGAUGGUGGAAACCAGCGCGGAGCGGGAAAAGGCAUCGGAGCGCGCCGCUCCCGAUUGGGCGAGGCAGGCGGAGGAGAAGACAAAACGGGUCCAAACGAUCACCGAGCUGAGCAAGGAAAAGGAGGUGGAAAAAGCCGCGCCGGACUGGGCCAAACAGGCCGAAGAGAAGACCAAAAGGGUGCUGGACAUCGCAGAGAGCUCCAAGGACAAACAACAGGAUCAAACCGCACCAGAGUGGGCCAACCGAGCCAAGAACAUGACAGCCAGAGUCAAGAGUAACAAGGUACUGGUGGAACUCGAAACCAAGAAGGAAAACACCAACACCGAGGCAAACCUACCGCCUUUGAAACAACUGGCGAGAACCCCGGAGUCAAACGGAGAGCUCGACACAAGGAAUGGCGACAAGGCGGGAUCGUGGUUCUCAGAGACGAAGCUGAAGAAGACGCGGCCAGGAAGCGGGAGCGGGGCCAACGCCACGGAGUCGUCGAAAAGCCCCUCCUGGAUCGAACAGUCCAGGAAGAAGUCCCAACGCUGCAACGCCUUGAUUGAAACGGCGGAUCCGGAGAAGCGGUUGGAGAGAAAGCUGUCAGGAUCGGCUGAUGAGGAACCAAAAGCGCCAUUUGUAAGAGAAGUCUCCCUGAGAAGCAGAAAAAAUUCAGAUAAGAGUGGUGGAGACAGCUCUCCGUCGGAACUGGCCCAGAUCCCUGACUGGAAGGUUCAGCUGCAGAAACGUAAGAAGGAACUGGGGGCAGCAGCAGACAGACAGAGUUGGACCACCAUUGAACACCCCCACCUCGAGUCACUCAUAGAAAAGCAGUCCCGCGUUUCAAAAUCGGCCGAAAACCUUUUAGACAACGACAGGGAAUUUGUAGAUCUUCCUCACAGUUCUCGAAUAAAACCUCCAGAAUCUGUGGAAGGUGAAAAAACAGACUCCUUUGCGAAAGAAAAGGUGUCUAGAGUGAAGAGUUGUCCUGUACACGACUCCGAAAAGAACGUAAAUCCCGUCAAGAAGUUAUUCAAACAGUUCAGCUCAUAUUUCUCCAAGGCACCAGAGGUCAGAGGUGACACUGGUACAAAGUCGCACCUGGAGGAGCUGAAGGGGCGAGACUCGCAGGUGUCAUCACCACCUGCCGAGGAGCCCGGCUGGAAACAAGAGAUCAGGAGACGGAGAAGCCAAGGACAACAGGGCUACACUGAUCCUUCUGAGCUGUCAGACAACUCCCCUAUUACCUCUGUUCAAAUGCCUCCAAAAUCCAAGGAAGCGGAGGAGCCUCCUCCGGAGCCGGCGUGGAAGCGCGAGCUGUCCCGCCGCAGACGGGAGGGACGAUACCAGACCCAGAUCAUCACCAGCGACAGUAAGGACUCGCCCGACAGCCCCGCCAACUGGCUGCAGAAACUCCGCUCCAGACCUCAGUCUGCAGCACCAACAGACAGUGAUGAGAGCCCUGAUCCCGACUCCCCCAUCCACAGACCCAGGUCUAGACCUCGACCAGCUGGUGUUGAUCUGACUUCAAACAUGCAGGCUGAGCCAGUCUGGAAGCAGGAGGCAGAGCGCAAGAGAAACAGGUUCCAAACUGCGCUGGCAGAGAACCUCAGCUAACACCGGUGAGAGACCACGUCUGCCCUGUGAUCAGCCACCGACCUGCAACAUUCCCAUAUAUGGACGUAACAGUUCUUUCAUACAAGCCAUAUACGUGUCAAGGUACUUAAGUAUAACAGCUUGGCAAGAUACGUACGCUGCGUACAUGUUUGUUGUACGUAUGUCACCAAAUCAUCUCUCAAAAGCCGUUUUCAAACUUUUGAAUACCUAUAUUUGACAUGCACAACGUACUAGUUACUAAUAAAAAGCUUUUAAUGGGAGGUAUUUAAUCCAUUGGGUACUAGCUACACAAAAGAAGUAAAACAGUAUAUCUAUGUCCUAAUAUAGAGGUUUUUCAACAAUUGUGAAGUAUAAUUCAAAUCCUCUGUCAACCAUGUUGGCUAGUAUAAGUGGAUUUCAGCAUGUUCAAAGAUGUGUACACUGUAAUCCAACAUUAUGGUGUGUUAGUGACAUCAUAUGAAAAGCUUGUAUACUGCAAACUUUGCAGAAUUCUUUAACUGUCUUGUUGCUGUGGUGUGUUCAAACAACAGUACAACACAGUGGUUAGAGAACACAGCAGUGUGAAGGUUAAAACUUAGGUACAGAACAGGAAGGAUAACUGUUGGGAACUGUGCGUACAUGAAAAUAAAAAUGUAUCGUGAACAUACAAUGAAGAACAGCCAUUACUGACAAUUUGUAUAAGUUGAUGAAGAGAAAA